AUGUCAUUGCACUGUGCGACCCUCAUCGAAGUUCCUCUCGACAUUUUCGGAGCCUUUAUAAUCAUCUUCCGAACUCCGAACACUAUGAAAUCAGUCAAAUGGCCGAUGCUCAAUUUGCACUUUUGGAGCUCUCUCUACGACAUUUCGAUCAGUCUGCUCACCACCCCGUACAUGGUGUUCCCUGCGUUAGCUGGUGUGCCGAAUGGAGUACUCAAAUGGAUGGGCGUCGGCACGGCAUUUCAAGCGCAUUCGGCCGCUUCUCUACUCGCACGUAGGUGUCCUUGAGCAGCUUGAGCAGGAAAGCGAGGACAAUAAUCGUUUUCAGUGGUUGCCACUGCAACUCUCACAGUGUUCGAGAACCGUUUCCACAUCUUGACAGCCGGAAAAACUGUUUGGAGUCGUCACCGGAUCGCCGUAUUCUCCGUCGCUUAUCCCUUUAUGGCCACGUUUCUUCUGCCGUUCACUCUGAACACUCCCGACCAAAAGACCGCUCUGGAAAUCACUUUCAGAGUGAGUCAACAACUUCCAUCUAUCCUAUAA